AUGCGAAGCAGUAUGUUGCAACGCGGUGCAGUGACUGCACUUCAUAUUUUUUACGGUAUUUUACGGGUGUCCAUGAAGACACAAACAGAGAAGGGAAAGCACAUGCAGAUCUUCAAGGCUUCAGGUCGUCAGAGUCUUCAGGGGCUCAGAUCCUGUCUUCCAAAUUAUUUGCGACAGCUUGCGGACGCCCGCAUUAUCUCCUUUGGAAACCAAGCAGUGCCCACCAAAGGGGGAAACAAUAUAUGGUUUUGGUAUGUUUUGGUCAGAACAACAGACCUGAGCCCACAAGUGGUUUUGAAGCAACCUUCGGCAAUGAUGUACAGCAGCGUGCAAGAGCCGAAGGUCUUUGGCACAAGAAGCGCGAACAAUGUUUCCUUAAUUUUGUAG